AUGGCAUCAUCAUCCGAUGAUUCAUCGUUUGAGGUAUCACCGUCUGCGGCACCACCAUCUGUACCAUGGAGAAAAGGUUUGAAGCUCAGUGGCGAAACUGCAGUUGAAAAGAUUACUUUAGAUGGUGUACAGGGUUUGCGUGUCAUGCUGAGUGCAACAAUUCAUGAUGUGUUAUACUACAUGAGCCCCAUCUACUGUCAGGAUAUUAUCAACUCGAUACUGCUUAUCUUGUUUCCAAUUUCUCACCAUCUCUUCUUUCAUUUCUAUCUCCCAAGGACUAAGCUGUUUCAUUAUUCAACUAUAAAGCUUCUUUCAAUCCAGGUUUCAAACCAAUUAAAUCGGUUAUAUCUGAAAUUUCGUAAACGAAAUCCUGGUUAUGAUGGAAAGGUUUCUGUAUAUGGUCAUUCCUUGGGAAGUGUCCUCUUGUAUGACAUUUUUUGCCAUCAAGAGAAUCUAUCAUCCCCGUUUCCAAUGGAUUGGAUGUACAAGGAACAAGAAGAUACCAUUGAAGAAUCUUCCCAUGCUUUGAACAAUCAACCUUCUAAUGGUGACUCUUCUACCGAUUUGAAGGGUAAAAGCUCCACUGAGACAAAUGAAACUGAGGAUAAGGUGGGGUCUGCUGACGAGGACAAGAUGGGUGUACAAUCAGCUCAUCUAGAGCACCAGGAAGCACCUGCUGAAGAUUUUUCCUCUCUUGUGGGUACUGUCGUGUCAGAUACUGCAGCAGCUAUGGACUUUGAGCAAACAGCUAAAGAAGAUACUGAUCAAUUGGUUCAGAGUUCUAGUGACACAAUGUCAUCAGAUAUGGCUGGCUUCAAUGAGCUACCACAUGAACGGUGGUGUCCUGGAUGGUAUACUUGCGAGAGCGAAACCGAUAAAAAUGAGUUACUUGCCAUUGAGCCAAAGCAACCCAUUUCUGAGAAGCUUGAACCUAUGCUAGAUGAUGAACCAAAGAGUUAUACCCCUUAUAUUAAGUACACAAAGCUUGAAUUCAAGGUUGACACAUUCUUUGCUGUUGAAUCACCUCUUGGUGUUUUCCUUGCCCUUCGAAAUAUCCGUAUUGGAAUAGUUUUUGUUAUUAGCAAAUUAGUAGAACCGCUUGUUUGUAAAGAGUUCCUCACCGUACGUCCAGUUAUUAUCUCUUACCAUAGAGGUGGAAAGAGGUUGCAUAUAGGAUUCCAUUAGGAAUUUACUGAAGAUGUAGCAGCUCGUUCUCAGGCAGUAGUGGACCAGUUCAACUCGGUAAGGGUGGGUUCUGAUACUAUUCAUCUUUCUUCUGAAACUCUUGCUAAACUUAGUCCUCAUCAGCAAGUACCUUGUUCGCAGACUGAUUCUGACUUGCACACUAAUUAUAUUGCAACUACUGUUUUUCUUCCUGAACUUGAGGCAGUAUUAGCCGCUCUUGCAAGUCCUGAAUGGACUACUACUAUGAAAGAUGAGUAUGAGGCACUAAUGAGGAAUAACACUUGGACUUUAAUUUCUUAUACAUCUUAUAUGAAUGUACAGGGAAUUUAA